GGCACACGUGUCUUGGAACAUUUUUCACAGUGCAGCCAGAAGGUCUUCGGACUUCCUGCUCGCACACUUCUAGGUCCGAGCAGAUCAAGUUCGACUUGAUUGAAGCAGUUUGAGCGCCUCUGAAGAUGAGCGGGCGCCAACACACCCACUGCGCCUCCUGCUACAGCAGACGCUGCAGGGCGCCGGUGGAGGCCGGCGUGUGCUGCGCCUUGGUCCCGUGCCGCCUGCACUGCGGGGCGCUCUUCCACCUGUGCAAAGAGGAGGGGCACCUGCUGCUGUGCCCCAACGUCAGCACACCCUGCCUCAACGCCGCCUACGGCUGCCCCGCCCAGCUGCGACGCUCCCAGCAGGCGUCCCACCUGCAGGCGUGUCCCGCCAGCGUGGUGGUCUGCAGCGUGGAGUGGAACCGCUGGCCCGCCAACGACGCGCACUCGCACCCCAACCCGGAACUGCACCGCAACCUGCUGAGCGAGCGCCGGCAGGGGGUGAGCCAGCACCUGGACCUGGCCUUGGCGCUGAAGGACCAGGACCGCCUGUUCCACUCACUGAAGAUGAGAAAGCUUUUCCCUGAGCUGACACGCAGCGCCGGCGAGGAGGAAGAGGAGAGGCGGGAGCAGGAGGAGAGGAGGAAGACGGAGAGAAAGAGGAAGGCCGCCGAGGAAAAGGAAGCGGCAGGUAAGACUUGGGAGUCUUUUGCUACUUUCCCCAGGAGUGUUCCACCGGAGGAGGAGCUGACUCAGGAGGAGAGGGAGGCUCUGGCCAGCCGGGGUCUGAGCGAGGAUCUGCUGGAGAGCUACAGCGCCUGGGAGAGCAUGUUCAGCAUGGCCAUGGGGGGCUGCAGGGAAGCAGGAGCAGCGGGCGGGGGCCACGCCCAGGCUGGAGGCGGGGCCAGGAGACCAGGCGCCUUCACGGCGGCGGUGCCAGCUGACAGCUACACCCACGCGGACGCUCCCUCAUCCCGUCCCGCCGGGAGGAAGGACUAUGAGUACGGACACGUGGAGCCGAUGAAGAUCACCGCCGUGAGGACCUUCAAGGUUCCCAGCAGCUUUUCCGCCAAGCAGGGUCGGAUCCGCAACCCGGGGUUCUACAAGCGGGAGAGCAAAGCCGUGGACACCCGCGACCUGGGGGUGGCGCCAGAGGACACGCCCAUCUGGGAGGAGGUUCAGGCGUCCCUGCUGUGCUCGCUGGAGAAGGAGCAGCGAGGUCACCUGAUCGCAGAGAAAGUGUGCACGGACGGUCUCCUGCAGGACGAGGGCACGCAGACGUACAGCUUCCUGUCGGCCCCUUUCGGGAGGAACGCGUCGCUGGCGGACCUGACGGCCGAGAAGACGCCGGAGCUUCACCUCCAGCUGCAGGUGGAGAGCGUGAGCAACCGCCACCACAAAGCCAGCUCCGCCUUCACCUCGCUGUGCGGACACGCGGUCCAGAGGAGGGACUACGCCGCGCACUACAAGAACGUGCACAGUGACAUCCAGAUGUGCGUGAACGGCUGGUUCCAGCAGAGAUGUCCUCUGGCGUACUUGGGCUGCACCUUCAGCCAGGGAAGGUUCCGACCAUCCAGCCAGGAGGCCAGCGUGGUCUUCAUGGAGGAUCUGGGCUGCUUUCAGCUCCGUCCCUACGGCGUCUCGCAGGCCACGUCUCCCUCGGACGCGCCCGCCCUGAGCUCGCUGCCCUACGAGGUUCUGUGCCACUUGGCCAGCUUCCUGGACAGCCUGUCCCUGUCCCAGUUGGCUUUGGUGUCCCGCCUCAUGAGGCAGGUGUGCUGCUCCCUGCUGCCGGGGCGAGGCAUGGUCUCGCUGCGCUGGGACAGGGCGUGCGGCCCUCAGGGGCGGGUCAGGUGGACGGCGGAACAGAAGGUGUGGAUCUUCAGCUCAACUUUCUCUCCUGUGGACACUUGGUGCUUCCGGGACGUUCCGUCCAUGUCGGAACAUCUGAAGGUGUGUCCGUACUAUGAGAGAGAGUCCAGACUGGAGCGGGUUCGGCUGCCAACCCUCACCCAAAGUGCACAUUGAUGGAACUCUGAGACUAGAGACAGGAAAAGGAUUUGUACAAUGUGUGGCAUUAUUUUAUUUUUUUUGUGAAUUAUAUUUAUAUAGCGCUUUUUCUCUAGUGACUCAAAGCGCUUUACAUAGUGAAACCCAAUAUCAUCACCAAAGUGACUUUUUUUGUGUGCGCGCAUGUUGGCCGUUUAUGGAAGUAUUCCAUCCAUCUAUCCAUUUUCUACCGCUUAUUCCCUUUGGGGUCGCGGGGGGCGCUGGUGCCUAUCUCAGCUACAAUCGGGCGGAAGGCGGUGUACACCAUGGACAAGUCGCCUAUAGAAGUAUUAAUAAUAAUAACUUAGAUUUAUAUCGCGCUUUUCUAAACACUCAAAGUGCUCACCGAGAAGUGGGACUCAACAUUCAUUCACACCUGGUGGUGGUAAAUGAAGUGAAGUGAAUUAUAUUUAUAUAGCGCUUUUUCUCUAGUGACUCAAAGCGCUUUACAUAGUGAAACCCAAUAUCUAAGUAACAUUCAAACCAGUGUGGGUGGCACUGGGAGCAGGUGGGUAAAGUGUCUUGCCCAAGGACACAACGGCAGUGACUAGGAUGGCGGAAGCGGGAAUCGAACCUGCAACCCUCAAGUUGCUGGCACGGCCGCUCUACCAAUCGAGCUAAACCGCCCAUUAAUUCGAAUAAAACUAUCAAUAUUCCCAGCAUGACUCGGCAUUAGUCAUCUCAAUACGUAAAGGCCUACUAAAAUGAGAUGUUCUUAUUUAAACGGGGAUAGCAGGUCCAUUCUAUGUGUCAUACUUGAUCAUUUGGCGAUAUUACCAUAUUUUUGCUGAAAGGAUUUAUUAGAGAACAUCGACGAUAAAGUUCGCAACUUUUGGUCGCUAAUAAAAAAGCCUUGCCUGUACCGGAAGUAGCAGACAAUGUGCGCGUGAUGUCACGGGUUGUAGGGCAUCCUCACAUUGUUUAUAAUCAUAGCCUCCGGCAGCAAGAGCUAUUCGGACCGAGAAAGCGACAAUUUCCCCAUUAAUUUGAGCGAGGAUGAAAGAUUCGUGGAUGAGGAAAUUUAGAGUGAGGAUUAGAAAGAAAAAAAAAAAAGCAAUUGCAGUGGGAAUGAUUCAGAUGUUAUUAGACACAUUUACUAGGAUAAUUCAGGAAAAUCCCUUAUCUGCCUAUUGUGUUGUUAGUGUUUUAAUGAGAUUAAAAAGUACCUGGAAGUCGGAUGGGUGUGGCCACGGGUGUGUUGACCGCGAGUGUCUCUGAGGGAAGUCACGCAGCUGCAGCAGGAUGGAAGCUCCGCUGAUGUCUCCGGUAAGAGCCGACUUAUUACCACAAUUUUCUCACCGAACACUGCCGGUUGCCAUGUUCGCUUGACCGCUCUGUUCCAUACUAAAGCUUCACCUUCGGGAAUUUUAAACAAGGAAACACCGGCUGUGUUUGUGUGGCUAAAGGCUAAAAGCUUCCCACCUCCAUCUUUCUACUUUGACUUCUCCAUUUUUAAUUGAACAAAUUGCAAAAGAUUCAGCAACACAGAUGUCCAGAAUACUGUGUGAUUAUGUGAUUAAAGCAGACUACUUAUAGCUUGGAUCGGGUUGGAAAAUAAUGUCCGCUACAACCCGAGACGUCAAACGCACGCGUCAACAUUCCGUGACGUUUUCAACACGACACUUCGCCGGAAAUUUCAAAUUGCAAUUUAGUAAACUAAAAAGGCAGUAUUGGCAUGUGUUGCAAUGUUAAUAUUUCAUCAUUGAUAUAUAAACUAUCAGACUGCGUGGUCGCUAGUAGUGGCUUUCAGUAGGCCUUUAAAACAUGACUCUUCGAUUAUUUAUUUGAAUAAAACUAUCAAUAUUC